AUGGAGUCAGCUAAGCAAACCAUUCACAAGGUCACUCAUCCGAGUUCCAACCCAAGCAAGGACACCCAGCAGACAGCACACACUGGCCUUGAGCGAGACAUGGAACCCAAACCGCAAAAGGUCCAUCUGCCAUCUGAAGGCGGGGACAUCACGUACACCCCGUCCGGUAAGUUGGCUGAUAGGAAGGCUCUCAUCACCGGGGGAGACUCCGGCAUCGGUCGCGCCGUAGCUAUCCUGUUUGCUAUGGAAGGGGCCAAAGUGGCCAUCGCCUACCUCCUGUCCGAAGAGGAAGAUGCGCAGCACACAAAAGCCCAGAUAGAGAAGAACGGUGGGGAGCUCACGCUUAUCCCUAGUGACCUGUCCCUAUCGAUCAACUGCCAAGAUGUCGCAAAGAGGGCUCUGGAUGCCCUUGGUGGAAUUGAUAUCUUAGUCAACAACGCUGCUACACGGCAGGAGCACGGAGAUAUCUCUGAUAUAUCUGAGGAGCAGUGGACCUCCACUUUCCGUGUCAAUAUAGACUCGUACUUCCACCUUACCAAACACCUGCUUCCGCAUUUAUCCAACGGCGCUGUGAUAAUCAAUAGUGCGUCUGUGGACUCCUACAUUGGCGUUCCCAGUCGACUGGAUUAUGCAACGAGCAAGGGCGCCGUCAUCGCCUUCACUCGCUCCCUAUCCAACCAUCUAGUAAAGAAGGGUAUUCGUGUCAACGCGGUUGCCGCUGGUCCCGUGUGGACGCCGCUUAUGGCCACGGGCGUGAGCGAGAAGAGCCAGAAGGGCUUCGGGCUAGGGAACUGGACACCGAUGGAGCGAGUAGGACAGCCGAGUGAAAUUGCUACGAGCUAUGUGUUCCUCGCGUCCCAGGAGAGUGUGUUUAUGAGUGGACAGACUCUGCAUCCUAAUGGAGGCAUCAUUGUCAAUGGCUGA